CAUAUGACUUCUUCGCUCGCUUCCCUCGUGAUGAUCUUCAUAUAAAACCAGAGAGGUCCCUCGCUCCAGGAAAACACUCAGCAGCCAGCCCUCAGCGCCGUAGAGAUCCAGGUAUCACAAGCAUCGUUAGUCACCAUGGUCGCCCUCACCAACCUUCUUCUCACCACCCUCCUCGCCUCCGCCGGCCUUGGGGCUGCCCUGCCCCCGCGCAUCGGCAGCACCGUCAUCGAGGCUCGGGAGCCGGACCUGCCAGUCAGCGGCCGCAAAAUCACGCUGCCCCAGCAAAAGAACCCCCGCUUCCACAAGUUCAACGGCGCCCUCUCCGUCUACAAGACCUACCUGAAAUACGGCGCCCCCGUGCCCGACCACCUCGUCCAAGCCGUCGCCAACCACCUCGGCAUUUCAGUCGAGGAAGUCCACAACUACGCCAACACGACCGCCAACGCCCGGAGAGACCAAGGCUCCGCAACCGCCGCCCCCAUUGACCAAUCCGACUCGGCCUACAUCACCCCGGUCUCCAUCGGCACCCCCGCGCAGACCCUGAACCUCGACUUCGACACGGGCUCCUCGGACCUCUGGGUCUUCUCCAACUCCCUUCCCUCCAGCCAGAGAGCCGGCCACGAAAUUUACAACCCCAGCAAGUCAUCCACGGCCAAGCGGCUUAACGGCGCCUCUUGGGAUAUUUCGUAUGGCGACGGGUCGUCAUCCAAGGGCCAGGUCUAUCUGGAUAAGGUGACGAUCGGAGGCUUGGUGGUUAGCAACCAGGCAGUCGAGACGGCGCAGCAGGUGAGCCAGAGCUUCACGGCCGAGACGUCUAUCGAUGGGCUGGUUGGGUUGGCGUUCGGUAGCUUGAAUACCGUCAGGCCGAGGCAGCAGAAGACGUGGUUCGAGAAUGCGAUCGGCCAGUUGGACCAGCCGUUGUUUGCGGCGGAUUUGAAGUAUGAAGCUUCCGGUACCUAUGACUUCGGCUUCAUUGACCCCGCCAAACACACAGGCGACAUCACCUACGUGCCUGUCAACACCAACCCGGGCUACUGGACCUGGACCUCGACGGGCUACCAAGUUGGCUCCUCGCCCUUUGUCUCGCAGUCCAUCACCAACAUUGCCGACACGGGCACCACGCUCAUGUACGUGCCCGACUCGAUCCUGCGGGCGUACUACGGGCAGAUUCGCGGCGCCACCAACAGCCAGUCGUACGGUGGGUAUGUGUUCCCCUGCUCGACCGAGGCACCGGACUUCACGUUUGGAGUGACGGACGAAGCCACGAUCACGAUCCCGGGUCGUUUCAUCAACUAUGGGCCGGUGACGGACGACGGCGAGACGUGCUUUGGUGGCCUGCAGACUAGCAGCGAUGUGGGCAUCAACAUCUUUGGCGAUGUGGCGCUCAAGGCGGCGUAUGUGGUGUUUAAGGGGGGUGACUCGCCGAGUCUGGGAUGGGCUUCCAAGCAGUUGUAGGCGUCUUGGCUGUUGACGGUGGACUAUUCACCUGUCAAGUAUGAGGGAAACACUUGGCCCAAGUUAGCAUGAUGUUACUAGUAUCCCGUAGUGUUU